AUGGCUGCUGUUAUUCAAUUUCGUAACUGGUGCAAAGUCGAUCUCCUUAUUCGACCAAUCCUCACGCAACACAUGACCGAUGUUGAAGGUCUUGACUCUGUUGACUCCUUCGCCAACAGAACAACUUCUCAAGUUCGUGAAGACAUCAAAUCUAUGCAAAGAGCCCCUGAUCCCAACAAUGCAAAUGCGACUAUCGGAGUCACCGCUCGCGAAUCGAUGACCAUUCAUCAUCUCAUGGAAGGGGACUCCUACCCGCUUCCUCCUCAUCCCCCAAAGUUCAACAAUCGCGAUGGUCGAAUCAUGAUGGAAAACAUUGAAAGUUGGGCUCGUACCGCCUAUGGUUAUCGUGGAAUUCGACUUGAUUAUAUUUUCCGUGAAAAUUCUGAACUUCCAGCUGCUGGUGACCCUGGAUUCCUCCGAGCCGACGACGGCUCUCGCUCCAUCGAAGAAGAACUUGUCCGACGUGCUGCCCACACUGGUGCUGUGUUCCGUCGCAACAACCAGAAAUUUUGGAUUAUGCUCCAUGCCGUCACACAUGAAACUGAUGCCUACAAUCAUGUUCGUCAAUUUGCUCCAAGUUUGAAUGGCCGAGCUGCUUACUUCGCUCUGUUUGCACAAUAUCGUGGAAGGGGACAUUUCACCAAUGAACGCCAAGCUGCUGUCCGUGUCCUCGCAACACUUCACUGGAACGGUAAAGCUCAAGGCUUCACUUGGAAUACUUUUAUCAGCCGCCUUAUUGGAGCCUUCAACGACCUCGAGUUGAACGGUGAUCCAUGCUCUGAUGCAAAUAAGGUUGAUGUACUUCUCGAGAAAACUGUUGGAGAUUCUUCACUUUCCAAUGGAAGAUCACACAUUACAGGAGAUGCCGUUCUCCAAUCCAAUUUCCAAGGUGCCAUCGAUUAUCUAACAACACAAGUCUUAGCUGCAGGUAACGACAACACCCAGCGCCGCAAUGGACAACUUGCUGCUUUCACCCGUGGUGGUGGCGGACGCGGUGGUGAUGGAAGAAAUGGAGGUCGUGGCCGAGGAAAUGGUGCCACAAACCGCCUGCAAUCAAAUGUUCCAGAUCGCUUUAGCCGCAAUGGUAUACUACUAAAUGAUGGAGGUUAUGCAAAUCAAAUCUGGAGAGAGGAGUCCACGUGGACCUACAUCAAACUGGUACUGCCUACAACUUGGCCCAACGCAAUGGGUUGGCGGCCUUUCAAGAAGCUUCUGCCGCCCUUUUGCACAAAUAUGAUGGGUCCAACGCGACCUACCCGGAUUUCCUUAACGCUCUCCAACAACGAGCUGCAAAAUAUUUUUGGGACGCGGUUGCUAAUUCAGGAACUCAGGAACGCCUACGCUGCAAGACCGAACGACAGAGCAAAGCAAAACUCUCUGGCACUUUACGAAUGCUUGUCGAAUUCAGUUUCAGGCAACUUGUAUUUGAACUUCUUCUCCCAAUCCGGGAACCUACCAGCACAGAGGGACGGCCCUCUUCUCUUCAAGGCAAUCUCCAAGUUCACCACCAUCAACACCAUGAGCUCUGCAGUUGACACUACGGAUUCGUUGACCAACCUCGACCCCGCUUUGUACAACUUCAACAUUGUGCUCAUCAAUCAAGAACUGAAUCAGCUGUUCGUUCGAACUGCCCAGAGUCCAUUUGGCCAUAUUGUCAACAACCCCUACAAGUUGUUUUACUCUCUUAAGGCCUACGAGAAGAUCAAGCGUCCUUGCGAAUUCCAUGACUUUGUCGUCGAUCUCAAGCGGCAAUACACAAACGGCACCAUUACAGAUCCGACCAUCCUCAUGUCUGAAGCAACUGCCAAGUUCAACGAAUUGCGCCAAUUCACUGGCAAGUACCAAGCCUCUUCCUUCUCUCUCAAGGAAUCUGUGGUCACAAUGCUUUCUAAUUUGGCUGCCAAGCAGCGCAAAAUACCAAAGAAGGGAUCAGGCGACCAAGAUGAAAAGAAGCAGAAGACGGCACCUGAGAAAGACGACUCCAAGAAGACCCCUCCGUUCCUUACCCACACUCGUGCCUUGCCCAAAAGCGGCGAAUAG